UUCAACAUGAGUUCCACCACGACGACAGAAGUGAUUGAACUCCAACCAUUUCCCAGCUCAUCACUCAUCGCAAAUACUCCAAAGCAUGCCAACCGCCUAGACGAAACCCACAGGUCGGUCAAAUCCGCCAGUGUCUUCCAAGACGCUCCCUCCCCAGACGCACUGGACCAGCCCUCUCUUUCCAAGCUCCAACUGGUCUUGACGAUCCUCCAACCCUGCGUGAUCAACUUUUUCGGUAGCUACUCGUCCGGCAUCAUCACCGUCGGCCUUCCCACGAUAGCAUCGGCCAUAGCCCUUCCCCGGUCCUUGUAUCUUUGGCCAUCUUCUGUCUACAACCUAACCUCGGGUGCUGCGGUUUUGAUAGCUGGUUCUGUUGCCGACAUCAUAGGUGCGCGAAAUGUUGAAGUCUGCGGAAUAGCCCUUUUGGGUAUCUUCAUCUUAGCAUGCGGCUUCGCCCAAACCGGGGUCCAGCUCGUCGUGUUCCGCGCCUUACAGGGCAUUGCUUUGGCUUUGCAUAUUCCUGCUUCGGUAUCCAUCAUCUCCACGGCCGUUCCGCCGGGUAGGGCGCGCAAUAUCGGAUUCAGUUGUCUUGGGUUGAGCCAACCGCUAGGAUUCUCAUUUGGCAUGGUAACGAGUGGCAUCAUGAUUGAAAAGAUUGGGUGGCGAUCCGGCUUUUACAUCUCGGCGGCUGCAAUUCUGACGGCGGCUGCAGGAUCCUGGUUCACGCUUCCCAAAGUGAAGAUCAGCCCCGAAGACUUGAACGCUGUUGGCUACAUGAAGAAGCUGGGUAGGGAGAUUGAUUGGAUUGGAGCAACUAUCGCCAGCGGUGGACUGGCAAUGCUGGCUUACGUUUUGGCAAUGAUCAGCGCCGACCUGUUGGUCAUUCGAUCCACAACAACCAUCGUCUUGCUCGCCAUCAGUGUCACUCUACUCAUUGCAUUUCCUCUGUGGAUGCGCUACCGCGAGCGCAGAGGCCUAUCCGCCCUCGUUCCAAACUCUCUCUGGAAGAAUCAACGCUUCGCAAGCAUCUGCGCAGUUGUGGCACUAUCCUACGGAGCGAAUAACGCCAUGACACAAUUCUCCAGUUUAUAUUUCCAGGAGAUCCAGAACCAUUCCGCGCUCACGGCGUCCCUAUACACGCUCCCCAGCCUCGUGGUCGGCGUAUGCAUCAACCUGACGGUUGGUAUCUUCGUCGAUCGGCUACCCGCAGGCUGGCUGGUAGUGGGUUCCUCUCUACUAAGCGCCCUCUCGCCACUCAUGAUGGCACUCGUAGACCCAGCAUGGAAAUACUACUAUCUCGAGCUCUGGGCACAAAUCCUCGCGCCUUUGAAUGCGGACGUUCUAUACACAGUCGGGCUUAUCAUCGUCAGUGACAGCUUCCCCAAGGAGACGCAGGCUUUGGCAGGCGCUGUGUUUGGUACUGUGGCCAUGUUUGGAACAAGUUUGGGGGUUGGGAUUUGUCAGGUCAUCACUCUGGGGGUUAUGGGAGGUCAGUCGGAUACGGCAUUCUUGGAGAAUGUGGGUGAUAUGCUCAAGGGCUAUCGAGCGGGAUUCUGGACCAUGUUCUGCUUGACGGUGUGCUGCAUAGUCGUUGGGGUCGUGGGACUCAGGAGGACAGGCAAGGUGGGCGUAAAGAAAGAUUAG